AAUUAUGAUGACCUGGUUAAUCAGGUCGUUGAACGCGUUAGCUCUGCAAUUUUUGCAAGCUAGGAUAGCUAGAGAGUUUGAAGGAGUGUAAGUAAGAGUGUUUGUGUUGUGUAGUCAUCAAGAAAAAUAAGUUCUCAGAAUGGGGUCAAUUAUGGGAAAAGUGAUGGAAGAGAACUUAAAGAAGAGUCAAACCUUUAUGCUUGAAACACAGAAAAUGCAGAUGGAACGACAACUACAGAUGCAGAACAUGAUGCGAGAACGGCAAAUGGCAAUGCAAGUUGCCGGUUCAAGAGAGAUGUUCAACUGGCUUGCAAGCUUCUAUGGCCUCGCCAUGUUAGCAAUGACUGCUGGUUUUGCAAAAUCUAAAAAUCCAUCUGUUUUGGUACCAUCUCUCCCUUUAACUUUUAUUGUUGGUUAUCAGUAUGAUUGGGCAUGGGGAACCAAAGUACACCGUAUUAGAGAGGAUGCCGAAAAACUCCUUGUGGAAGAACAUGGAAUCGUUGCAAUGCCCAGCGGUGUACCAACAUUCAAAGAAAUUGAUGCAGCCCGAAACGCAGCCAAAAAAUAGGUUACAAUAAUUUACAAUAAUUAUAUAUUUUAGGUUGUAAUUAAGAUGCGAGAAAAUUUAGUGCGUGAUAUUCAUUCCUGUUUCCAUCAUAAUCGUGUUGUUCACUUCAAAGCGUCACCUAGAUUAUAUAUACUUUUGGUUCAGAAAUUAUAAAAAUGUUAUGGUAAUAAUAAACCACAAUGUAAUUUUUGAAGAUAUUGUGGCUUCUUAUUGCAAUACUUAUUUUUAUGUAAAGUAAUUGGUGUUAGGUUAGUAAUUCUUGUCAUUCUAACAUAAUACAGUAAUGCAUACAUAUUCAUAUUACCUUGGGUCUGUUAAAGAAUUUCUUAUAAUCCUUUUCAUUUGUGACAUGUUUUUUUUUAAAUGUACUAUUUUGAGCAAUCAAAAUCAAUUGUGUAUUAAAAUUAAUGCUUUCAAUUGAAAAUUUAAGAGUAUUUGUCUUGUAGAUAAAAAAAAAAAGUUGAUUGUUUCAGAUGUGAAAACUUACAUAAGUUAGUAGAGUGGUCAUUGUGAACAAGCUGUAGUCAAAGGGUUGAAGUAAGUUCUUCCUUCAGAUUAUCUCUAAUCUAUAUCUGAAUAUAUAUCAUUUAAAAAUAAUACAAAACAAUGAACUACCUCAUUGAUGAUCUUUUGAUUUAUGUAUGCUAGGUAUGCAUAAUGCAUUCAAGAAAGGGUUGUGACAAUUAAGACUUACAAAACCUAAAACAAAAAUGUCAUCUGUUUUGAGAUGAUUAGUAUUCUAAAGUCUGUACGUGUUUCAUAUGCACCAUACAGGGAGAGGAAAAUGCAGUGCCUUUCCUUUUCCCCCAGCCACAGCCAAAAACUCCCUAAUCGAAGUGUGAAAUCAUUUAUAUAAGAGAUUAAAAUGUCUAAAAACACCUAAAUUUAUAGGGAACAAUAUCCCUGGAUCCCCAAAUGGGUAUUGGAAACUCCAGAAGCACCUUCUUUUAGAUCAUAGGUCCCACUAUGCUUGGACCUUGAUUGAUACUAGCACCCCCAAAGAAAAUAAAUUACGGAUCUGCCAUCAGUACUUUCAUGUUACAAUAUUUAAAUCAUCAUCCAGCAUUACUUUCUUCAAUAAAUUUAUGCAAUCCUUCUCUAAUGACUUUAUUUCCAGUCCUGCUGUUGUGUUUUAUUGUACCCAAUCAAUUUUACUUGCACUUAAAGGUCCUCUUUCUGUCUAGUUGAUUAACAUUCUUCUCCAUACCCACAUUUAAGAGGCAUAUACCAUAAAUUUCUGAUUGAAACCCAGUACCAUCUGUUGACUGUCGGUGGCAUUCUGGGUUGUCAUUAAAAACGAUACAUUGCGCAGCAUUCUUAGUGAGUGCUUGACGUAUAUAUAUACAGGUACCAAAGAAACAGUGGUCUAGGGUUUUAAUCAAAAUAUUUAUAGGACUACAGUACACUACUUCAUACCAACUGUUAUUUUAAUAAUUCUCUGUUGAAUUUAUUCUUAACAAUUUAACAUAGGUUUUGAUAAUUAACUCUCUACACCAUUUAUCUAUUACUUGGAUAUGUUUUUAUCUUCAACAUUUAAUCUGGUAUUUGAU